AAAAAAAUGAAACAAAUCAAGUAAUGCCAAAAUCGCACGGCCAAAAACGGUUUGUAUUCCAAAAGUUCGUACUACACACUCUACAAACGCCUCUGACAGAGCCUACUACUGCAACUCCUCCCACUUCCUCCAUAUUUUCCUCCAUCUUUGGAAACUUUUAUCUCUCUCCUUCACUUCUCAAUUUCAUUCUAGGUUUUCACUCAUUAUUUUUCUCCACAGUAUUGCUGCAAUCUCACCAUCUGCGGAAGUAAAUGGCAUCUUCAGAUGAAGAGGGUGAGGUAUAUCCAGAUAGCGUGACUGAUUAUGAAUUCGUCAAUCAGGAGAAUGAACACAUUUCAUUUGCAUUUUUGCCCCUUCAAUGGCGCAAUGACGAGUCUAUUGACACUGUAAACCUCCAGAUGUUUGUAUCUGGUGUUUGUGAUGGUGGCCUUCAAAAGAUCUAUAAACAAGUCGUAGCAUGGAGAUAUGAGCUUGCGUAUGUACAGCCGGAAAUUUCGGUGUUGUGCAAGGGUAACCUCUGGGUAAAGCUUUUGAAGCCGAAAAAGCUGUUUGAGGCUACAAUUAGGUCAAUACUGAUCACGAUACAAUGCCUUCAUUUCGUUAAACAUAAUCCACAGGCAACUAAAAACUCUAUAUGGUGCCAUUUAUCAAGAGUUUUCAGCAUAUAUGAGGUUGCCCCUUCAGAAUUUGACUGUAUGGAUCAUAUAUCACUGAUUAAAAGUGCUGCUAAACGUGACAAAACCUUCAUGAAUAACGAGUACAUUCUUGGGAUUCUAUUGGAAAAGCCUACAAAGGGGAAAGUGCUUCAAAUGGAAGGUUCGAUGGUGAAGAGGGAUGACUUCAUUGUGGAUGAUCCUGAUGAGCUUGAUGAUUCAUCUGACAAUGAUGACCUCUUUGAUACAUGUUGCUCACUUUGUGACAAUGGGGGGGAUAUUCUUUGUUGUGAAGGGAGGUGUAUGAGGUCCUUCCAUGCAACUGAGGCUUCUGGAGAGGGAUUGUGUGAUAGUCUUGGCCUAUCGGCAGCACAAGUUAAUGCUAUUCCGAAUUUUAUCUGCAAGAACUGUCAAUAUCAGCAACAUCAGUGUUUUAUUUGUGGAAAGUUGGGCUCAUCAGACAUGUCUUCUAGCCCAGAGGUCUUCCCUUGUGUUGCUGCUAAUUGUGGCCGGUUUUAUCAUCCCAGAUGUGUUUCCAAAAAACUCCAGCAGCAAAAUGAUACCCAGAUGGAGGACCUUGAGAAGAAAAUAUUUGCUCAAGACUCUUUUGUUUGUCCUUCUCAUAAAUGUUUUGUUUGUAAGCAAGCAGAGGAUAGAGAAGUUGAUGACCUACAAUUUGCAGUCUGUAGACGUUGUCCUAAAUCAUAUCAUAGGAAAUGCUUACCAAGUGAAAUUUCUUUUGAUGAUAACGCUGAGGUGAAUGGAGUCUUGCAAAGAGCUUGGGAUGGUCUUCUGAUAAAGCGUAUCUUGAUAUAUUGCCUGGACCAUGAGAUUGAUCCAGAACUUGGAACCCCGCUGAGAAACCAUAUAAACUUUCCUGGUGUUUUCAAAGAGAAAAAACAUGUUCCAGAAAAACCUUUGACUAGAGUUAAUGUCUUACCGAUGAAAAGGAAACUGAUUCCUUAUCAUUCUGCAACUGAAACUGUUGAAAAGAGGACUGUCAAACAAGUUGAUAAGGUCCAAAAUAGUGUCAGAGGUAGUGAUUCAACUAGGUUAGUUGGACAACGUGGUAGUAAACCUAGUUCUGUUGCUCAGAAGAGUGAAAGGUUUAGUAAUUUGUCAUUUGCUUCGAUGGGUCAUGUGAAAUCUUUUCCAAAGCCUCAUGCUUUGACGACAAUGACAGCAAUUAAAGCAGUUCCUGAUAGUAAAGUCAAUUCUGAGAAAAAUCUGAAGUCAAAUAUAGUGCACUCUGGCAAUGCUGACAAAUAUUGGAAGAAACCCAGUGCUGUUCAAACAGCAAAGCCUUUGGUAGAGAAACAAAGGUGCUCAAGUCCUGUCAUUGAUGUCACAAUGCAGAGAAGAAUAAUGGCUCUGAUGGAAAAUGUCAACUCUUCAUUUGAUGUGGAUGAGUUCAAGAAGCAGCAUAUUGUUCCCUCCAAUUAUAAAAAUAAUCAAAAUAUAGACAAGACCCUGACAAAGGUGAAAGUUGAGGUCACAGUUAAGGCCAUUCGAACAGCCUUGCAGAAGCUCGAUGAUGGUGGCACUGUUGAUGAUGCAAAGAGUGUCUGUAGUGCAGAGAUGCUCCGACAGAUCCCAUUGUGGAAGAAAAGGCUUGAUGUGUAUCUCGCACCCUUCUUACAUGGCAUGUCCUACUCAUCCUAUGGACGGCAUUUUACUAAACCAGAUAAGCUUCAGGAGAUUGUUCAAAGGCUUCAUUGGUACGUCCAGGAUGGCGAUAUGAUAGUGGACUUCUGUUGUGGUUCUAAUGAUUUCAGCUGUUUGAUGAAAAAGAAGAUGGACAGCGUGGGGAAGAAGUGCCUAUUCAGAAAUUACGAUCUCUUUCCAGCUAAGAAUGAUUUCAAUUUUGAGCAAAGGGAUUGGUUUAGUGUUCAUCCCAAAGAACUGGCAGAAGGUUCUCGACUGAUCAUGGGGCUGAAUCCCCCUUUUGGUUGCAAAGCAUCACUGGCUAACCAAUUUAUCAGCAAGGCCCUUCAAUUUAAACCAAAGCUUCUCAUUCUUAUUGUUCCGCCGGAAACUCACAGGCUUGACUCUAGGACUGACAAGAGGUACGACUUACUAUGGGAGGAUCCGCAUCUUCUCUCUGGCGAGUCAUUUUACCUACCAGGAUCUUGUGGCACUGAUGAGAAGCAACUUUCACAGUGGAACAAGAUUACUCCUCCCCUGUAUCUUUGGAGUCGCCCUGACUGGACUCGGAAGCACAGGGAGAUAGCUAACAGUUGCGGCCAGCUCCAGCUUCAGCUUCCUGGUGAAUUCUCUCAGCCACCUACUUGGAACUAUCUACUUGAAGAGCAGCACGAUUGUUAUGAUGAUUUUUCCAAUUUGAUUAAUAUGUAUGACAAUCUUCCUUCCAUGUUAGAUGACGUUCCUGAUGUUAAUGAUAAGGUUUGACUCAUGUCAAACUCUAUCAUAUUUAGUAAACGCUUAGUAUUAGCUGUAUUUAUCUGAAAAUUCUACUGUGCUCCUAUGAGCACGUUGUAUACCUUGUACGGUUGUACCUAGUAAAUUCGUUCCAGUUGCGAUGAGUAAA